GGGAGAGUGGAUAUAGUGAAUGCGGGGUCCAGGGAGACCAGAUAUAGUGAAUGCAGGGAGACCAGAUAUAGUGAAUGCAGGGAGAGCAGAUAUAGUGAAUGCAGGGUCCGGGGAGAGCGGAUAUAGUGAAUGCAGGGUCUGGGGAGAGCGGAUAUAGUGAAUGCAGGGUCCAGGGAGAGCGGAUAUAGUGAAUGCAGGGGUCUGGGGAGAGCGGAUAUAGUGAAUGCAGGGUCCAGGGAGAGCGGAUAUAGUGAAUGCAGGGUCCGGGGAGAGUGGAUAUAGUGAAUGCAGGGUCCGGGGAGACCAGAUAUACCGAACGCAAGGGAGACCAGAUAUAGUGAAUGCAGGGUCCGGGGAGA